CUAACUAGACACAAACGAAUUCACACAGGAGAGAUGCCAUAUCAUUGUAAUAUCUGUGGUAAAGUCUUCUCUCGAAAUAGUCAUUUAAGUAAACACAAACGUAUUCAUACAGGAGAGAAGCCAUAUCAUUGUGAUAUCUGUGGUAAAGUGUUCUCUCAAAAUAGUCAUUUAAGUAGACACAAACGUAUUCAUACAGGAGAGAAGCCAAGUCGAUGUGAUAUCUGUGGUAAGUCAUUCUCUCAAAAUAAUAACUUAACAAAACACAAACGCACUCAUACGGGAGAGAAACAAUAUCACUGUGAUAUCUGUGGUAAAUCAUUCUCUUACAAUAGUUGCCUAACUGCACACAAAUAUAUUCAUACAGGUGAAAAGUCAUAUCACUGUGGUAUUUGUGGUAAAUCUUUUACCUACAAUGGUAACCUAACCAAACACAAACGUAUUCAUACCGGAGAGAUGCCAUAUCAUUGUAAUAUCUGUGGUAAAUCAUUCUCUCAAAGUAGUAGCUUAACUGCACACAAACGUACACAUACGGGAGAGAAGCCAUAUCACUGUGAUAUCUGUGGUAAAGUUUUUUCUCUAAAUAAUAAUUUAAGUAAACACAAACGUAUUCAUACAGGAAAGAAGCCAUAUCACUGUGGUAAGUCAUUCUCUGAAAGUAGUGACUUAACAAAACACAAACGUACACAUACGGGAGAGAAGCCAUAUCACUGUGAUAUCUGUGGUAAAGUGUUCUCUCAAAAUAGUUGUUUAAGUACACACAAACGUAUUCAUACAGGAGAGAAGCCAUAUCACUGUGAUAUAUGUGGUAAAUCUUUCACUUGCAGUGGUAGCCUAACUAGACACAAACGUAUUCAUACAGGAGAGCUGCCUUAUCAUUGUGAUAUAUGUGGUAAAGUGUUCUCUCUAAAUAUUAAUUUAAGUACACACAAACGUACACAUACGGGAGAGAAGCCAUAUAACUGUGAUAUCUGUGGUAAAGUUUUUUCUCAAAAUAUUCAUUUAAUUAGACACAAACGUAUUCAUACAGGAGAGAAGCCAUAUCUCUGUGAUAUCUGUGGUAAAUCUUUCACUCACAGUAGUCAUGUAACUAGGCACAAACGUAUCCAUACAUGAGAAGCCAUAUCAUUGUGAUAUCUGUGGUAAAGUGUUCUCUCAAAAAAGUGAUUUCAGUACACACAAAUCUAUUCAUACAAAAGAGAAGUAAUAUCAUUGUGAUAUCAGUGGUAAAUCUUUCACUUCCAGUGGUCAUCUAACUAGACACAAACGUAUUCAUACAGGAGAGAAACCAUAUCAC